AUGCCUGACUUCGUCGUCCGUGACACCUUAAAAGCUACUCGUACCGUCCAAGAAUGGCUUACUGUCCAGAGUCGCUACAUCGAGGAGCAGAUUCAGGCUGCGUCUUCCUGCAUCGAAUUCAUGCGCUCUAUAAAACCCGACCAUGAUCGCCAUCUAGAAGCUCUGAGGACACGCAUCUCUGAGUUGGAGAGUUACGCACGGGAGAGGCAGUACGACCUUUUGGAGGAGCAGUACCAGCCUUCGGAGCGAGUCAUCGAUCUCGAGGCGUUGAGGAGCAUUAUCCGGGCCAGAGAGAAGUCUAACGAGGUCUGUAGGACGCUCAAACAUGACGAGGAGUAUAGAGUGGACCCCUCCAUUCUUGAGUUACUCCGACAUUAG